CAGCCGAGCGUGAUUGAUCCCACACUAACGGUAUUACUGAGUUAAUUAUUGAAGUUAUUUUCAUAAGUGCAGGGCGAAGUUGCCAAAGUAAGCAUGUAAAGCCAAAAUGAUCGGGGGAAGCCUGCACGCCUCGUUCGCACAAAGAGGAAUAGCUACUUUUCUUCUAAAACGAGGUAACACUACAGAGACUACACAUGCUACAAAAUAGCAUUUACCAGAUGAUGCAAGCAGUCGCCAAGUAGCCAGGUAAGCCUUGCAGAAGAAAUUGCAUUUCAGACUGCUAACAAAGUGACACACUGCAGAGUACAACAAUGUCUGGUGAUAUAUCAGAGGCUGGUAGAUUAUGGGGCGGGCGGUUCACUGGAAAGACAGACCCUGUUAUGGAGCAGUUCAAUGCUUCCAUAAGUUAUGAUAAAAGAUUGUGGAAGGCAGACAUUCAGGGCAGCCAGGCAUAUGUGAAAGCUCUGGAACAAGCUGGUUUAGUGAGUCCAGAAGAAAGGCUUGCAAUUCAUCAUGGUCUGGAAAAGGUUGCCAUAGAGUGGUCGGAAGACAGGUUUGUUUUACAACCAUCAGAUGAAGAUAUCCACACAGCAAAUGAGAGAAGGCUCAAGGAGCUAAUAGGGUCUGCAGCAGGAAAACUCCAUACAGGCAGAAGCAGAAAUGACCAAGUUGCCACAGACAUGAGAUUGUGGCUGAGAGAACAGCUGCAGAUAUUGAGAAGUUUUAUGGUGCAGUUGAUUCAAGUCAUCUGCACCAGAGCACAACAAGAUAUUCACAUCUUGAUGCCUGGUUAUACACAUUUGCAAAGAGCACAACCCAUUAGGUGGAGCCAUUGGCUUCUCAGCUAUGCUUUCAUGCUGCAGAGAGAUGUUCAGAGACUAGACCAGCUCAUGGACAGAGUGAAUGUCUUACCUCUGGGAUGUGGUGCUUUGGCUGGCAAUCCAUUCAAUGUAGAUAGACAGUUGCUUGCAAGGGAGCUAAACUUUCCUGCAGUUGCCCUCAACAGCUUAGAUGGAACGAGUGAUAGAGACUUUGUAGCUGAGUUUUUAUUCUGGGCAUCUAUGACAUCUGUUCAUCUUAGCAAAUGGGCUGAGGAUCUGAUCAUCUAUAGUACAAAGGAAUUCAGUUUUGUUUUACUGGCUGAUGCAUAUAGCACUGGGAGUAGUCUUAUGCCACAGAAGAAAAAUCCUGAUAGCCUUGAACUCAUCAGAGGAAAAUCAGGCAGGAUGUAUGGAAGGUGCACCAGCCUGAUGAUGACUUUGAAAGGACUUCCCAGUACAUAUAACAAGGACUUGCAGGAAGACAAAGAGGGCAUGUUUGAUGUUUGUGAUACCAUGACUGGUGUACUACAAGUGGCUAUUGGAGUGAUCUCAACAUUGAAAGUAAAUCAAGAAGCUUGUCUAGCUGCCUUGAGCCCAGAUAUGUUAGCAACAGAUUUAGCGUAUUUUCUAGUGAACAAAGGAGUUCCAUUCAGAGAAGCUCAUAGUCUUUCUGGAGAAUGUGUUGCCCUUGCUGAGAAGAAACAGUGCAAGCUGUCUGAGCUUUCAGUGAGAGAUUUUGAAUCUGUUAGUGCAUCAUUUGAUGCCAGUGUGACCAAGGUGUGGGACUAUGAGAACAGUGUUGAGCAGUACAGGUCCAUUGGAGGCACAAGUAGAGCUAGUGUCCAACAGCAGAUAGCUAGGCUGCAGGUGUGGCUGGCUGAACAGCAAAAUGUCACUGCUCAGUAAUGGUCACUAGAGACAAUGCCAGCAGGCAUUAUUAUUAUUAUUAUUAUUAUUAUUAUUAUUAUUAUUAUAAGAUAUGAUGGUGCCUAGCACCAAAUAUAGUACCCAGUGCUUUUUGGGUGAUAAAACACUGCAUAAUAUAAGUGUGAUAUUGUGUAAAAUCUCUAGAGGUACUGGGGUGGUGCUUUUCAAGGUACUUGACAUUGUGGAUGGUGUUAUUUUGUUAAUGAUACCAAGUAGAUUAGCCUGAAAGAAGUACAAUUUAAACCUACACGGCUUUGUAUUUAUUUUACUAUGGGCUAUAUUGCACAGCAUAAUGACUGAUAUUUUUCUUUUGAUGAAAUAUUGUUAAAAUGAUCUGGCAAUUUUAAUUUGGUAACCUACUGCAUUAUUUCUGUUGAAACAUUUUUAUGAACUUAUGUAUUUUAUUGGAGAUAUUCUGUUUUUAUAGUAGGUGCUGAAUGUUAUGUUUUCUAUGUAUCAUGUCCAUAUUGGGACAGUGAGCAAGCGAUGUUUUUGUUGGAUAUUUUUUGGAAGAAAAUAUUGGUAGCUGCAAGCUACUUGUGCUUAUAUUUUACGCUUAAAUGUUUGUCAUUUGCGAGCGCAGGCAAACCCCCUAUGGUUAAAGAGUUUAAUGGAAAUGCUCUAAUCAGUAUGUCCUUUCCGUUACCAUAAGUUGAAAUUGACUGAGGCAAACUGAUGAUGUAGAGGAAUUCUUAAUCACAGGGUGGGGAUCGUAAAUCACUUGAAAAGUCCAUAAGGACAUUGUAUUUAAUGCUUGCAGAUGUUACUGUUGAUCAAUGUAAAACAAUAUAUAAACGUUAAGUUGAAAUGCCUUGUGAUAGAAAACGCAUUUGGAAAUAUGUUUUUCAGUUUGUAACAAUUAGAUCUACGCAGUUGAAGACGCAAGUUGAAAGUGCCUCCCAGUGCACUUUCUCAGUCAAUUGCUACAUAAAUGUAUUUGUUUUUAUAAAAAGCGGACCAGGUCACUUGCAACGUUAUAAAGUCGUGAAAUCGAAGAAAGAGGCGAUAUCUGGAUAUUGAUAUUUCUUCACACCUGUAACCCCAUGUUUUAAUAAGUCAGUAACAGUUCCUUGCGCUUGGUAAAAAUGAUUACCGUUUGUGUAAAACGGUGGAAAUAUUUUCAGUUGUAAUGUUUUGGCAUGUUUGCUUUAUAUAAUUAUUCCAUUCUUAUUUUGAAUAAGAUGUGAAUAGGAAAGCGCGUGUUUUGUCUUUUCCAUUAAAAGUCGCGAAUAUCGACCGUGAGCACGUAAAAGAAGUGGCAAC